GUAGUGAGACUGUUAAAAACAUCUCCAGAGAAACCUAUAACAUUAGCAAUCGGUGAUGGUGCUAAUGAUGUGAGCAUGAUACAAGAAGCACAUGUUGGCAUAGGAAUCAUGGGCAAGGAAGGAAGACAAGCUGUAAGAAACAGUGACUAUGCAAUAGCACGGUUUAAAUUCCUCUCCAAGUUGCUUUUUGUUCAUGGGCACUUUUACUAUAUUAGAAUAGCAACCCUUGUACAGUACUUUUUUUAUAAGAAUGUGUGCUUUAUUACACCACAAUUUUUAUAUCAGUUCUUCUGUUUGUUUUCACAACAAACGCUCUAUGACAGUGUAUACCUGACUUUGUACAAUAUUUGUUUCACUUCCUUGCCUGUCCUCGUAUACAGUCUUUUUGAACAGCAUGUGCAUCCGCAUGUAUUACAGAGUAAACCUGUGCUCUAUCGAGAUAUCAGUAAAAAUGCCCAUCUGGGGUUUAAACCGUUUCUUUACUGGACCAUCUUGGGCUUCUUUCAUGCAUUUGUUUUCUUUUAUGGCUCGUAUCUUCUAAUGGGAGAAGACACUUCUCUGCUGGGAAAUGGCCAGAUGUUUGGAAACUGGACGUUUGGUACUUUGGUCUUCACCGUUAUGGUUAUAACUGUUACGAUGAAGAUGGCACUAGAAACUCACUUCUGGACAUGGAUAAACCAUUUUGUUACUUGGGGAUCCAUUGUAUUUUAUUUCAUAUUCUCCUUGUUUUAUGGGGGAAUUAUCUGGCCAUUUUUACAUACCCAGGACAUGUACUUUGUUUUUGUUCAACUGUUGUCAAGUGGUUCUGCUUGGUUUGCCAUAAUCCUCAUAGUAGUUGCUUGUUUGUUUCUUGAUGUUGUGAAGAAAGUGUUGUACAGACAUCUACAACCAACAAGUACUGAAAAAGCUCAGCUUACUGAGGCAGGUUCAGGUAUCAACUGCUUGGACUCCAUGUGCUGCUUCUCAGAUGGGGAAACAGCAUGCACAUCUGUUAGAAGAAUGCUGGAACGACUAAUGGGAAGAUGUAGUCCAACCCGGGUCAACAGAUCAUGGAGUUCAUCGGAUCCCUUCUAUGCCAACGACAGAAGCAUCUUGACUCUCUCCACAAUGGACUCACCCAUUUGUUAACAGGGAUUUUUUGUAAAAGCCUUGUGGAAGCCAUGUGGUGCUCACACCCCCAUAGUAGGUUCUGAAGCGAGUUCAGUGCUACAUCCCUGCCCGGAAGACUAGCAUGACUUCUAAAUACAAACCGUGGCUUGUCUUGCGGCCUAGCAUAAGUCAUCUGGACAGUAAUCGCUUCCAAUUCUUUUUUCUAAUUAUAUCCACAAAUUGCUAUAUAAUUUUUAUUUGUAAGGAACGCUUUUACCUCUGACCAUUUAAUCUUUUUU